AUGAAACUAAGUAUCUUUGACAAGGAGAGCGAGAAGUUUAUUUUAAGUCGUAUGGAAGGAUUGAAACAUCCAAAUAAGCGUCGUUAUGCGACGAUUGCUAAUGAGCUUUCUAAAGAGAUACCUAAAGAGAAACCCUACACUUCAAAACAAAUUCAGCAUCAUUGGGAAAAUAGUCUCAAACCAAAUCUUUGUAAAAUUCCUUUAAGUGACGAUGAGAAAGAAUUUAUCAUCCAUUGGGCUGAAAAAAAUCAAAGACAAAACGGCGUCAUUCCCCUGACCAAAUUAAUUCCUAUAAUGGAAGAAGAAUUUGGUAAAUUACGCUCCGAAAACCAAAUCAAGAACUUUUGGUACCCAACAAGAAAAAGGCAACUUAAUGAAAUAAUACGAAUAAAAGAACGACUUGCAGUUUUAGAACCCAAUCCGGAUCCUCCACAAUUUUAUUUUCCGCAAUUAAACCCUAUCUUUUGA